CCUAGUCACAUUUUAUUUACUUAUUUCACAUUACGAGUAGGCUAUCCUACCUAGUCUAGUACUUCGUUUGUUCAGUAAUCAUUAACUUAACUCGUGCCUUAUGGCAUAGGCCUUAAAUGAAGAUGAAAUCCAAAUGAAUAUUUAGGCUUUUCGAUUUAGCCUAAUAGCCUAGUUGACUUUUUACUUUGAUAGUUACCUACGAUCCACAAUGGGAUUUGGUAAAGGAGGAAUGUAUCAAUCUCGCCUAGAAGAGCUACAAAAUCAUUUUAAAACUAGAAACAAAAUAAGGGAAUAUUCUGCCCAUUCUUCAAAAGUGCAUUCUGUUGGUUGGAGCUGUGAUGGAAGGAGGUUAGCUUCAGGUUCUUUUGAUAAAUCAGUUACAAUAUUCUCGUUGGACAGGGAUAGAAUGAACAAAGAACACACGUUUCGCGGCCACACUGGAAGUGUUGACCAACUGUGUUGGCAUGCAUCCAACCCUGAGUUGCUUAGCACAGCUAGUGGUGAUAAGACUGUUAGAAUAUGGGAUGCCAGGGCCCAGAGGUCUGCAGCUACCAUCAAUACUAAAGGAGAAAACAUAAAUAUAACCUGGGCACCUGAUGGAAACACAAUAGCCGUUGGCAAUAAAGAAGAUCUUGUCUCUUUUAUUGAUUCUCGAACACACAAAAUCAAAACUGAGGAGCAGUUUAGUUUUGAAGUCAAUGAAAUUUCAUGGAACAAUCAGAGUUCCUUAUUUUUUUUGACAAAUGGACAAGGCUGCGUUCAUAUUUUGAGCUAUCCAGAGUUGCAGUUACAACAUGUUUUAAAGGCACAUCCAGGAACAUGCAUUUGUAUAGAGUUUGACCCAACUGGAAAAUAUUUUGCAACUGGAUCAGCUGAUGCUUUGGUCUCAUUGUGGGAUGUUGAAGAAUUAGCUUGUGUUAGAACAUUCUCAAGGCUAGACUGGCCUGUGAGGACUAUCAGCUUCAGUCACAAUGGGCAGCUGCUAGCGUCCGCCAGUGAGGACCUGAUGAUAGACAUAGCUGAGGUGGAGACUGGAGCCAAGGUAGGAGACAUCACUGUGGAAGCAGCCACCUUCACUGUAGCUUGGCACCCCAAGUUGUACCUGCUAGCCUACGCUUGUGAUGACAAAGACCAGUACGACCGCAAGAGAGAUACUGGCAACCUCAAGGUUUACGGUUUCCCCUCUGAUUAGAUUGUAACUAUGUAUACAGUAUUGAGUUGAGUUUAAGUCUUUUUGUAAUAAACUGUUUUGUAUA